GGCGGCGGGAACAACAGCUAUUCAAGACGUUAAUGGAGAUUCUGGUUUCUCUUUCCAUUCUUGCUCUCCUCUUUUCCGGAGUAGUAGCUGAUUCAAACAACAUCGUUUUCGAAGAGGUUAGAGUUGGAUUGGUGGUGGACUUGGGUUCUAUACAAGGAAAAAUUCUCCAAACUUCUAUUUCCUUAGCGCUGUCAGAUUUCUAUCUUGUAAACAACAGUUAUCGAACCAGAGUCUCUGUUUUGGCUAGAGACUCCCGAGGAGACCCUUUGCUUGCUCUCGCUGCCGCUAGUGAUCUUCUCCAAACGGGAAAAGUGAAAGCCAUUGUUGGUGCAGAAUCAUUACAGGAAGCAAAGCUAUUAGCCGCGAUUAGCGAGAAAGCUAAAGUUCCUGUGAUAUCUACUUUGGUGCCAAACACUUUGUCUUUGAACAAAUACAAUCAUUUUAUUCAAUGGACGUACGAUAUUACAUCAGAGUCUAAGGGGAUUACGAGUCUCAUACAAGAAUUGAAUUUGAAGUCGGUUGUGGUUAUAUAUGAGGAUGUUGAUGAUUGGAGAGAAGGUUUGCAAAUAUUGGUGGAUCAUUUCCAAGAUGGUGGAGUCCAAAUCGACCGUACUACUUCUUUCUCAGAAUUUUCAUCAGAAGAAGAUUACAUGGUCUAUCAGCUACGGAAGCUCAAGUCCGCUAGAGCAGCCGUUUUCGUUGUACAUAUGUCGGAGAUUCUUGUUUCUCGUCUCUUCCAAUGUGCGGAGAAAUUAGGAAUGAUGGAAGAAGGAUAUGUUUGGAUACUCACCGCAAGAACCAUGAAUUAUUUUCAUUACUCAGAUGGUUUUGCAGUUAGGUCAAUGCAAAGGGUCAUUGGUUUCAGAUCAUACAUUCCAGUAUCAGAACAAGUAAUGAAUUUUACUUCAAGAUUGCGAAAAGUAAUGGUUGAUGAUGACACAGCGCAGAUAGAAACAGAGCAUUUUAGUGUUGUGAUCAGUGUAUGGGCACAUGAUAUUGCUUGUAUUCUAGCAACUGCCGUAGAGAAUAUAUGGCUAAGAGCCUCUAAUGAAUCAAAUCUUCUUGAGACGAUUAAACAAAGUGGAUUUAAGGGUUUGAGUCAUGGUGACAUGCAAAUCGUUGGCAACAAAUAUCUCUUAGGAACUUUUGAGAUUGUGAAUAUGGUAGGAACAGGGGUUAGCAGAAUAGGAUUAUGGAGUUGUUAUAAUUUCUGUGGAAGAAGACACGUCAUGGUUUCUUCUAUCAAUGAACUUGAAACCAUUAGCUGGCCUGGCGGGUCUGGUAGAAUCCCGAGACAUCGGUUAUUGGAAGAGAACGGUGAAAGGAAGUUGCUCAGAGUCUUGGUUACCUCAAGAAAUAACUUCCCACAUCUGGUGGCGGUGCGUCCUGAUCCUGAAACAGGUCUUAAUAUUGUCAGUGGAUUCUGCAUAGAGGUUUUCAAGGCUUCCAUUGCUCCUUUUGACUACGAGCUGGAAUUUAUACCUUAUAAUAGAUCUUCUAACUAUGAUGAUCUUGCUAAUGAAUUAUUUACUCAGAGAGACAAAUAUGAUGCAGCUGUUGGUGACAUCACCAUCACUUACAACAGAUCUUUGUAUGUUGAUUUUACCUUGCCUUACACUGAGAUGGGUGUUGGAGUCCUGACGGUAAAGAAAAAGAAAGAGAGCAUGUGGACGUUCUUUGAACCUCUUGACAAAUCCUUGUGGCUAGCAACUGGAGCUUUCUUUAUCUUGACUGGCUUUGUUGUUUGGUUGGUUGAACGAGCGGUUAAUCCUGAAUUCCAGGGCUCCUGGGGGCAGCAGCUUGGUAUGAUGCUUUGGUUUGGGUUUUCCACCAUUGUGUUUGCUCAUAGGGAGAAACUGCAAAAAAUGUCAUCAAAAUUCGUAGUCAUAGUUUGGGUGUUUGUUGUGUUGAUAUUGACUUCAAGUUACAGUGCAAAUUUGACAUCGACCAAAACCAUUUCUCGCAUACAAUUUAGUGAGGUGCUUAGAAACCCUUCACAAUAUAGAAUGCUUUCAACCAAUAGUACUCCCAAUACCUUUGACGACUAUGUUCAAGCUUUGCGGGAUGGAACUAUCUCUCAUUUUGUUAGUGAAAUACCGUAUCUCAAUGUCUUUCUUGGACAUUAUCCGGGUGUCUUCGAGAUGCUAGGUAGAGACACUACUAGCAAUGGCUUUGGGUUUAUGUUCCAGAAAGGCUCGGGUUUGGCUCCUAACGUGUCAAGAGAAAUCGCGAAGCUAAGGUCAUCACGAAUGUUGAAAGAUAUGGAGAAAAGAUGGUUUCAAAAGAUGGAUUCCUUUGUAAAUCCAUACACUGAUUGGUCUGAAAUCGACGAUGCAUUUAACCGCCUCACCAUCCAUGAAUUGGGCGGUUUGUUCGUCAUUGUUGGAGUUUCUCAUGCUCUUGUACUAGCCUUGCAUCUCUAUCAGACACGGCGAGAGAUAUCACGUGCCUUGUGGGAAUCUCGACUCUUCACCAAAUUGCAAAACUUCUCAGGCUUCUAUAAGUAAAAUGAUCAUUAUCCAUAAGCUUCAGUGUAGCUUUGGCAGUGGAUCUCCCUAAUUUACAGUUAUAAACUUAAAAGAAUGUUGAAUGUAAUAUUUCCUGCUAUGAAUUGAGUUUGUUAAAUAACCUAAUAACUUUUUA